AAAACAGCUAGGGCAGGACAUGGAUAGAGCGUCCUUUGAAGGGAACGACAGGCAGGAGGGUGGAAUAUCUGGUAUUGUGCGGCAUCAUGAAAAAGAUCAAGGAGGGGCCGGUCGAAGCCCGGCUCGAGCCCCCGGCCCACGGCACCAGCACCCCCCUCCUCAAAUACCAGAGGCGCACGCAUCGCAACAAGAGCAGGAGAAAAUUCCAUUCCUAUCGCCAGAAAGCGGGGACUGCGACUGUCAGGUGCAGGGCUCGGAGGCAGAAGAACGGGAGGAGGACCCUGGUGAGGAGGACGAAGGAGCUGCGGUUCGUAUCACGGUCACCGCGGACAAUGUGUCCUACUACCUUCCUCCCCGCUGCCCUUCCCUUUCCUCCUGCCUCCCUGCUUUCCUCCUCCCUCCCUCCCACCGGACCCGAAGGUCAGUGACCGGGAAGCGACAGCUCACGGGCAAGGCGCUGCUGCAGAACGUGACGUUCCAAGUCACUCCUGGGCGCCUUACCUACAUCAUGGGUCCGUCUGGGGCGG